GACCCGCAGGGCGUGUGCGAGCCGGGCCGAGCCGAGCCGGGCCAGCGCUGUACCGGUCCCGGUCCCGGCGCGAUGUGAGCUCGCCCGCACCAUGGCCCGGCAGAGAGACCUGGACAAGCUGCUGUCGGACCUGCGGUCCUUCCUGCUCAUCCUGGACCAGGAAAGCCUCAGUGCCGCGGCUCGGGCCAAGAAGAAAUCGGUGGCCGAUCUCCUCUCCCGGCUGCAGAGCCCCCCGUCAGAGGAUGCAGAGUACAUGAUCAUGCGCUGCCUUUCGCCUUCCCCGGGGACCCCGCAGGGCCGGGCCGGCCCGGUCCUGCUUUUUCCCCCAGGAACCAGGACAGUGGAUGCAACAGGAGGGAGAGCCUGUGACUGCCGCCCGGCCAGCACCCCGAGUCUGCACGGAGGGAGCAAGGUGCCGGGCGUCUCACCAUCCCCACCAGCCGACGACUCCUAUGAAGAUACCGAACCCCUCGGCCCCGGCAGAGGCUCCGGCGGUGCCGACACCGACAGCAGCCACUACGAGUCGUAUGGGGAGGAUGAGGAUGGCACGAUGGACCGUGCCCACUACCUGCAGCAGCCGCUGGCCACCGGCCCCGAUGCCGAGCCCCCCGGCCGCCCCGAGGCGCAGCUCUGCGGCUUCCUCUGGAGGAAGCGCUGGCUGGGGCAGUGGGCAAAGCAGCUCUUCAUCGUCCGGGAGCACGUGCUGCUGUGCUUCAGGUGUGCUGCUGACCCGCAGCCGCUGCUGGAGCUGGACCUGCGGGGCUGCUGCGUCGCCUACAAAGCCAAGCGUGGCAAGAAGAUGCCGCACGCCUUGAAGGUGACAGGGACGGCGGGCGAGGUGCUGGUCAUCGGCUUCCAGAGCCGGCAGCAGGCUGAGGACUGGAGGAAGGUGAUCGAAGAGGUCAGCAGCGAUGCCCCGAGUGGGCUGGCAGCCAUCAGCGUCCCAGCAUCGCCCUCCUCAAGGCUCAGCAGGGCUGCAGGGUCCCAGCUCGGCAGGGAGGAGGAGGAGGAUUGCUCCCAGCGGAGCCCUGCCCGCAGCCCCCAGCCCGGAGAGGAUGCUAAAGGAGGUUUCCUGGCGGUGCGGCUGCGCGGGCGAUGGCAGCGGCUGUGGUGCGCGGUGCGGCAGGGAGCCCUGCGCAUGUUCCCCGAGCCGGGUGGCACCCAGCGCCCCGUCUGUGCCCUGCGACUGGAGGGCUGUGAGGUCUCUCCGGGGGCAGCUGCCGGGUCCCCCCAGCGCCUCCGCAUCCGCAUCGCCCAGCGCGGCCGGGAGCUCGCCCUGCUGCAGACCCGUUCGGACGAGGAGAGGGAAGCCUGGCUGAAGACCCUGCGGGCCAGGGGAGGAGGGGAGCCGGCGAGUGACAGCCCCCACACCGAGACCCCCAAGCCAGGCAAUGCCAGCAGCAGCCCUGCUGCGGGUGGGCUGCUGCUGCGCCGUGUCCCGACCCCCAAUGCUUACAUGGACGACCCCUUCGGGCAGCUCCCGCCAGCCGAGGUCCCCAAGCACCUCUACUCCAACGUGGAGCGGCUGCAGCAGCUGCAGCAGAGCUUGGACCGAGCAGUGCAAGGGCAACGCAAGAGACCCCUGUCUGCUCUGCCCACCGGUGCCUGCAGCCAUACAACCGGCAGCGCCCUGCCCUCGCAGGCAGCGUCAUCAUCAGCUCUCCGGGUAAGGGCUGCCAGCCCGCAGCGGGCGAAGGUGAGUCCUGAGCUCCAGAGCAGGGAUCUCUCCCGGUCUCAGCGCACCCUGACGCUUCCCGAGAGGAAAGGAGCUCGGGAUGGACUGGAUAUCCUCAUCGGGAAGAGAGCCUUUCCCAAGCUGGAGGAGAAGGUGGGGCAGCUGGAGAGGGCCUGCCGCAUGAAGGGCAGGCUGAAAGCCGGCUCUGAGAUGAAUCUGCUGGCCAUCGGCAAGUCGCUGAAGGGCCACAUCGCUGCCACCGCCAGCUCGGCUGGCUCCGAGCAGGGCUCGUUCCUCACACCGCUGUUGAAGCGCACCGCGUCAGCGAGGAGCGCCCUGAAGCCAUCUCCCUCCCCGGUCAUCGUGGAGAGGGGAAAAGUGCUGCAGAAGAGAAAGGAGUGGGAGAUGAAGUCUGCGAUGUGACCAGCGCUGCACUGGCCCCGGGGCAGCACCCACCCCGCAGACGUACCUGCCGGACCAGGCAUCUCUCGCAGAACGUAGGGCUGCACGUGGAUCGUGCAGGACCAGCCUGGUAUCUGUUUUUUUAACCAUCAGUAUCAACGCUACAACUACGCACAUCUAUUUUUUUUAUAUAUGUGUGUGUGUAUAUAUAUAUACUUAUAAACUCU